GCGCUCCCGCCCCCUGAUGACGCAACCGGAAGCGGCCUCCCCGAGGAGGCGGAAGCGAUGGAGCCGUCCAAGAUGGCGUCCCCCAAGAGCGCUCCCAAAGAUGCGCAGGUGAUGGCGCAGAUCCUGAAGGAUAUGGGCAUCACGGAGUACGAGCCGCGCGUCAUCAACCAGAUGCUGGAGUUCGCCUACAGGUACGUGACCACGAUCCUGGAGGACGCGAAGAUUUACUCCAGCCACGCCAAGAAGUCCAGCGUGGACGCGGACGACGUGAGGUUGGCGAUCCAGUGCCGCACCGACCAGUCCUUCACGUCCCCACCGCCCCGCGAUUUCCUGUUGGACAUCGCCAGGCAGAAGAACCAGACGCCGCUGCCGCUGAUCAAACCUUACUCCGGGCCCAGGCUGCCCCCUGACAGAUACUGCCUGACAGCGCCCAACUACCGCCUGAAGUCCCUGCAGAAGAAGGUGGCCUCCUCUGCAGGAAGGAUCACAGUCCCUCGCCUGAGCGUCGGAGCUGUGAGCAGCAGGCCCAGCACACCCACCUUAGGAACACCUUCAGCACAAACAGUGUCUGUUUCAACAAAAGUGGGCACUCCGGUGUCGCUCACUGGGCAGAGGUUCACUGUGCAGAUCCCCUCUUCUCAGGCAGCAGUCAAGACAGCCACACCGACUACUCCAACAGUUCAGAAUGUGCUAAUUAAUCCUUCAUUAAUUGGACCAAAGAACAUUCUUAUUACUACAAAUAUGGUAUCAUCACAGAAUGCAGCAAAUGAAUCGAAUCCCUUGAAAAGGAAGCACGAGGACGAUGAUGAUUACGAUAAUUUGUGAGGAAGCUGCCCCAUCCCUCCUGUUCUUCAGUGAUUCAUAUUGAGUCUGAAAGGGUGUUUUCCCCCAGGUGUUCUUUUUAAGCUACUCAAUAGCAUGUCAGGACUCUGUUAGUAUGCAGUUGGGUAUACAGUGAGAAAGAGAUGGUUGAACUGUGGAAAAACUACAAAGCAAUUUGCAUUUUCGUCUGGUCUUUGAUGGCUUUUGGACUUCACAGCAGUGGUGACUGUCACUGGAGUACAGCCCUCACAUCUCUUCUGUUGCCUUAUUUCACACAGAGAAGAAUCCAUCUCCCUGCAGCCUGGUGAGCUGGAUGCUCAUAGUGCUGUUCUGUGCCAAAAAACCCACAACUUUUAGAGAACAGGGUGGUGUAGAAUACAACAGCUAAUUAAUUUCAUAUCAAAUAAUAAAAAAAUGAAGUCUUGGAUAAGGGAAGUAUCUUGGCUACUUUUUUCCCCACCCCCACAUGCAUUUAAAGCUUCUAGAUUGCAGAGGUUGUAUACGUUAUUCUCCAUGUGCUGUUCUGGUGCUCUCUUUAACAGGAGAAAUAUAGACAGGAACAGGUAGGGAAGAGGUAACAGCUCCCAGCUCCCUUGUUCUGCAUAUUUCCAAAGAGCUCUAUAGCAGUGGGCACUUCCUCAAGCUUGUAUUUUACGUGUGCAUUGAGGAAACCAUUUCUGUCCUCAUGGCAAAGCAGGUGGUUCUGCCCUUCAGGUGUCUGAUGUGGGGCUUUAUGUGCUGGAAGAUGCUUCUAUUGUAUCUUAAGGUCCCAGGAAUGCUGUAAUAAACAGAAGAACAAGUUCAA